CGCCGCCCGCCGCCAUGGAGCCCGGGCCGCCUGGCUGCUCCAGGCCCGCAGAGCCGGGGCCUCGCUUGCGCCGCUUGUGCGGCGCCGACCAGGAGGCCUCGGUCGCCUUGCUCAGCCGGGCCAGGGCAGAGGCCGAGCUCCAGCGCUGCGUGCCGGCUGUGGCUGCCGUGUUGCCGGCGGGGGGGAGCGGGGAGAGGAUGGGCGUCCCCACCCCGAAACAGUUCUGCCCCAUCCUGGACAGGCCGCUCAUCAGCUACACCCUGCAGGCCCUGGAGAGAGUAUGUUGGAUAAAGGACAUUGUCGUGGCAGUAACUAGAGAGAACAUGGAAACAAUGAAGGGUAUUAUUCAGAGGUACCAGCAUCAACGCAUCUCACUAGUCGAAGCCGGAGUGACCCGCCACAGGUCAAUAUUCAGUGGACUAAAAGCACUGGCCCAGGAUCAGCCGGACUCUCAGCUCUCAAAGCCGGAAGUCGUGAUUAUCCAUGAUGCGGUGAGACCUUUUGUUGAGGAAGACGUCCUCCUUAAAGUUGUCACAGCUGCUAAGGAACACGGGGCAGCAGGAGCAAUUCGACCUCUUGUAUCUACUGUCAUCUGUCCAUCUGCUGAUGGUUGCUUAGACCAGUCUCUAGAACGUGCCAGACACAGAGCAAGUGAAAUGCCCCAGGCUUUUCUAUUUGAUGUGAUCUACGAAGCAUAUCAGCAGUGUAGUGACUAUGACCUGGAAUUUGGAACUGAGUGUUUGCAUUUGGCUCUAAAAUACUGUCACAUUAAAGCCAAACUUGUGGAAGGAUCACCUGAUCUCUGGAAGGUGACCUACAAACGAGAUCUGUAUGCAGCGGAAUCGAUUAUUAAGGAAAGAAUUUCACAACAGAUUUGCAUGGUUAUGGACACAAAAGAAGAUGAAGAACUUGUAGGUCAUCGCCUUGAAGAGAUGCUGAAAAAUGAAUUCAGUCAUGUAAAAGUCACAUCUGGGGCUCUGGGUCAUACUGGCAGAGAUCUUCAACAAAUCAUCUUAGAGCAAUGCUAUAACUUUGUUUGUGUGAAUGUUGGGGCCUAUGAAUUUGAAGAAACCCAGAAACUACUGGAUGUGCUUAAAGAGAGUGAUCUUUCCAUUUUGUACCCUGUUGUUGUGAUUUCAGUGCAUUUUCUUGAUUGUAAAUCUGUACCUUUUGGUCAGAAAAUGGAAAACCUAAUGCAGAUUAGGGAAUUUGCAAAGGAAGUGAAAAAAAGAAAUAUUUUAUUAUGUGGCCUUCUCAUAUAUUAUCCACAGGAUGAGCAGAAGCUACAGGACAGUUUACGGCAAGGUGCCACUAUUAUUGCCACGUUAAUUAAAGAAAGAAAUUCUGGACUGGUUGGUCAGCUACUGGUAGCAUGAAGAGCACAAUUACCUACUGAGUUUUCAGAACCACUUACCUAAGUAUCUCUUUUGUGCUUCCCUCCUUAUUGUAUAUGGUAGAAUGUUUGUCUUCUAUGUCUCAUAAUUGUUAGAAUAUGAUGCUUAGGUUAUAAAAGUGUAUCAGUGUUUAUAUCUAUGAAAAAAAUAUUCACUUUUGUGCAUGUCAAAUUAAAUUGCCUGAACCAGAAAGGAAUAGAUAAAUGGAAAAUAAUAGCCUUCACAUAAUCUUUUCUUCAAGGAGUGAAAGAUCAAAUAGAAAUAAUGAUGGGUGAGCUAAUCCUUCAAGGAAUGAGAAUUCAGAAAACUUGAACUAUUAUCUCCAUUUAAUUAGUAAAUCACACUAAAGUGAAACUAAUAUAUAAGACUCAGAAUUAUUCUUAAUUCUGAAAUAUUCCUCUACCAUGAAACAUUGACUUGUGUUCUAAUUUUUUCGCACUUAAAAAAAAAAAGGGAAAUAGCAGGGAACUCGGGUUCAGAUAUCUUCACCAUUGUCUUGACAUUAUUCCUGAUCCCUAAAGAAGAGGCCAUGUUUUUCUCCUGCUUUUCUACCAUUUUAAAAUUGGCUGUGUUCCUUGGUUUAUGAAAUAUAAUUUUGACUCAUUUGAAAAGGUCUCUGAUUUUUCUGAAUAAAUUUAAAAGAAGACUGGAAAGCUUCAUAAAACUGAACUUACUUUGGUCAAUCCCAAGUUUUAGUCCUCUUCUAAAAGGUAAGGAGUCAUUUCACAGGCAAGAAUUUAAUUUUUUUUUUAAACAAUACUGCUCUCUUUUUAAAUCAAGUUCUGAUUCUUUCAAAUUUCCACUAGUGCAUACACAUAUUAAAUGCUGAUGAUUUUCCCGUACAUUACAUUUUAUAAUUAUGUACAUUCAGCCAUUAGAGAGGCCUCUUAUUCCAUUUUUAUAUUUACUUUCUAAAAAUACAUUAGAUCAGAUUAUUCCAGUGCUAAGGCUGCAUAUGGUAACUAUAAAAGUUGCAUGAAACAUUUUCUAUAAAAUAUCUACCUUGUGGAAUUUCUUCCUAACCUACUGGAUGAUUUUUUUCUAUAUUUCUUAAGUAUAUAUAUUAGUAGGAGAAUUUAUAUUUUACAUUUAAGUAAUAGUGGGUAGAAAAUAAUGGACAUGGAGUAAUUAUUAUAAUUAAUUGUCCUGAAUGAAAUGUGUUCCUUCAUUGUAGUUUGGAUCUAAGUUCCUGGGCUUGUUACUUUGUCUCUCUCUCUCUCUAAGAAUGUUAAGAAAUAAAUCAUUUCAUUCAAAUCUUGAGGGUGAUAAUAUAUGGGCAAUGGGUGGAUUUUGGUUAGAAUGUCUAUGUCAGUGGUUCAAUUAUGUUGUGAAAGGUUGUCACCUUGUGCCUGUUGAAGAAGUCUUCAGGUAAAAAUGUUUUAAGAAUUUGAAAUUGUCUGACUUAUUUCACUUAGCAUAAUAAUCUCAAGUUCCAUGGAUAUAAAACUGAAAACAACAAAGGAAUGAGACAAACAAAUGAAGAAACAAAAUCUC